AUGGCAAAGACAAAAGGAAAUGAGAGUAUGAAGAAGAAGAAGAACCCAUUCAUGCAACCACCAAAGAAGCAAAUCAAGCUAGGGAGUAGUAGCUCCAAUGCAAGAGCAGAAAUACCAACUUCCCCACAUUCCAUUGAUGCAUCAAGAACAUGUGGAGAGUCCAAGAAGAGAGAAGAUGAUUGGGCACUUAUAGGCGAUGCCAAUGGGCGCAUAUCCAUCUCAGCUCUAUGCCAACUCUUUGGACUUCCCAAUGAGACAGCACAUGACUUCAAGGAGAACUCAAAGAGGAAACAAGCUGCCUUUGCUGAUUGGACACACUUUGCCAAUGAACCUUUCUCGCCUUCAAGGUCAAAGGUGUCUAGAAUCACUCAUCCAGCCAUUCGCUAUGUGCACCGCCUCAUCUCCACCACUUUCCAAUGCAAACAAGAAGCCAACAAGGUCACAACUGAUGAGUUCUACAUCCUCACCACACCAUUCAUCAAGCAUGAGUACAAGGCCAACCUUGGACUUUUACUUGCCAAGACAUUCAUCAAUGUGAGGAAGCUAGCUAAAGACUUGGAAGGCAACAAGAAGCUUUGUGUUCGUUUUGGGAGGCUUAUCACGGCCAUAGUACUGCAUGUGGGGAUUGACAUUCCCAACUAUGAGCCACUACCCAAGCCAACCCCUUUGGAUCUCCAUGCUCUUCAGCACAUCCACUUCCUAAACCGUUGGACUAAAGACCCAACUCGGUUUUGCUAUGAGUUUCCAAUUGGUCCAGCCAACACUUCCCUUGUCUUGCUGCCACAUGAGGACAUCCCAAGCCUACGCUCAGGAGUUGUCACUUUCCAGCCCAAUGAGGAAGACUUCUAUGUUCCAUCAACUCUAGACCGUGUUAACAAGCUGGAGAAGAUAGUGGAGUGCCAAUCUCGCUUCAUCUCACGCCUAGUCCGCGUAGUUCGCCACAUUGCACCGGAGAGACUCUUUCGCCCUUCUUCCACCGCUAGAGAGCCAUAUGAGCCUGACCUUGGUGAGUUCUCACUAGACUCAGAGCUUGGUUCAGAAGGCGAUGACCCCAUAGAUGAGGAAGAGAGUUCUUCUCACUGCCACACAUAG